CAAUCACAUUGCGUGUUGCUGGUAAGCCCCCCCCACAGUAAAGAUGGUGGCCAUAAGCCUCCUCAGGUCUGCCGCGGCCGUCGCAGCCAGACUGAGUCCUCUGAAAUAUGGCAACGUUGCCACAAAUCUACUCACUAGAGCCAUCCCGCAGACGGAAAAAGUGGCCGUCCGCUGGGGUCAUGGGAAGAAAAUGUUUGUGAUCAAACCAUCGGCGUAUUAUGACCAGAGGUUUCUUCGAACGAUGCGAUUCUACGUCUGCUUGACGGGUAUUCCUUUGGCCAUCAUCAUCACGAGUGUCAACCUGUUCAUCGGUGAAGCAGAGCUGGUUGAAACUCCUGAAGAUUAUAUUCCCGAGUACUGGGAGUACUACAAGCAUCCCAUCACUCGCUGGGUCAUGCGGACCUUCUAUAAUCCUCAAGCCAAGGACUACGAGAAGAAUAUGGCUGUCAUCAAAAUUGAGAUGGACAAGGCAGAACUCAGGAGGACAGAGAAGCUGGUGCGCCAACACAUGAGGGAGCGAGGUUUGGGUCCCUGGUACCUGAAAGAGACAAAUGACAAGAACCUCAUCGACAACUCCUACAAGUCAACACCUGACAACUAAGACGUGGUGCUGGUCUACUUCCUUUCUACACUUUCCUUCACAAUAAAAUACUCUGACAUA